AUGAAGUUUUUACAUAAUCUAGAUUUAUUUGGAAUUUCUUAUGAAUAACCUUAUUUGCCAAAUAAAAAAACAUAUAAAAGCAGUUUUGGUGGAUUUUUUACUAUUGCUCUAUAUUCAUUAAGUUUACUAUACUUUGUAUAUAAGCUUCACUCUUGGUUAAGUGGUAAUAUAAACCCAAAAAGUACACAGAUAUAUCAAGUGUUAAAUAAUGUUGAUUUAUAAUUAAACUACCCAUUGAUUUCAAUUUCAUUUGAUUCAAUAACUUAGUAGUUAGAUCCUCUAAAUUCAAAUGAAAUGAUUAUUUAAACUUAUUUAAUUACAUAGUAAAAUUAAAGUAUAAAUAGUAAUUUAUGUUUAAAAUAUUUUUAGUUGUCAAUUUUGAAGCUUAAAAUAAUAAAAAAAUUAUAUUAGAUAAUUUCAAUUUUUCAUUAAGUGAUAGUCAAACCUCACUUUACCCUACUUAAACUUUAAUUGCACUUCAAAUUUGUGAUAAGAAUUAAUCAACUAAAUGUGCAUCAGAUGAAAAAAUUAAAUAAUUCUUAGAGUAAUGGAUUAUUUUCUAAAUUUAGACUUUCAGGAAUAAGUAUGAAAAUUGAUAUGAAUUUCCUCUAUUUUAAUGCUUAAACAAAUUAAUUUGAAAGAAUUACUAGAUAAUUAUCAUAUGCUAUAGAAACUGAUGUAACAUUAUUAAAUGUAUUUUAACUGUAAAUGUAAAAGAAUAUCAUCAAUAAUGGAUUUUUAUUUGAUAAUAUGGUUUAAACCUAAGUUGUUAAUGAUGUUUAAAUUAUUACUCAAUCUGUAAAGUAAUAAUAUUUUUAAAAUUAUUUUAAUGGGUUAAUAGCUGUUUUUGAAUUUAAUUUAAAUCAAUUGACUUAAAUAUAAUCUAUUUAAUAUACUAAAAUAUCUGAAAUUCUAGCUGAUGUUGGUUCUAUUAUAUCAUCUUUAAUGAUUUUAAAAGGUUUAGCAAUUGCAAUGAAUACAUAUUUAUUAGAAGAACUCUUAAAUUAAUAAAUUAUUAGUUGUUAUUAUCCAUAAUUUAAAGACUUAAAUAUCAAUAGAAAUAUUUUUGGUUAAAUCAAAUCUGUACAACACUUUAACAGUUAUGUUGAUUUAAAUGAAUUCAAUAAAUUUUAUACUAAAGCAAAAUAAAUAGCGUUAAAAAAAUAAACUAUUAUCAAUUAAAUAUAUGAAAUUUCUAGAUUAUAAUUCUUAGUACAAUUGUCAAUCGAUAAAAAUAAAAUAUCAUAAUCACAUAAAUUUGGGAUUCCUCUAAAUUUUGAAUUUAACAAUCGUUCAAAUACUAUUGUUCCUUUAGAUGAUUCAAUCUAAGUAUCAGACAGAGAUAAAGUUCUUUAUGGAAAUGAAGAUUUUAAUAUUUUAACACUUGAAAACAUUUGA